CAAAAGAAGAGAAAUGGGUCAGGCAAGGUCAGGGGAGAAGAUCCAAGGAGACAAAAAGUAACCUUCUUGAAGAGGACAUGUGAUUGGAAGUCAUCUCAUUGUUGAAGUGUUGUGAACUCAAUCUUCAAAGUUUUAGAAAAACAACAAUUACACACUCUGUCAAGGUGAACCACUGAGUUCUUCAUUAUGUCUGAUGGAGACUAUGAUUACCUCAUCAAGUUUUUAGCUUUGGGAGACUCUGGAGUGGGAAAGACCAGUGUACUUUACCAGUACACAGAUGGUAAAUUUAACUCCAAAUUCAUCACAACGGUGGGCAUCGAUUUCAGGGAAAAAAGAGUGGUGUACAGAGCUAAUGGGCCAGAUGGAGCUGUUGGCAGAGGUCAGAGAAUCCACCUGCAGUUAUGGGACACAGCAGGGCAGGAGAGGUUUCGUAGCCUGACAACAGCAUUCUUCAGAGAUGCUAUGGGAUUCCUUCUGCUUUUUGAUCUGACAAAUGAGCAAAGUUUCCUCAAUGUCAGGAACUGGAUAAGCCAGCUACAAAUGCAUGCAUAUUGUGAAAAGCCAGAUAUAGUGUUAUGUGGAAAUAAGAGUGAUUUGGAAGACCAGAGGGUAGUAAAAGAAGAGGAAGCCGUGGAACUUGCAGAGAAGUAUGGAAUCCCCUACUUUGAAACCAGUGCUGCCAAUGGAACGAACAUAAACCAGGCAGUCGAGAUGCUCCUGGACCUGAUAAUGAAACGAAUGGAACGGUGCGUGGACAAGUCCUGGAUUCCUGAAGGAGUGGUGCGAUCCAAUGGCCACACCUCCACAGAUCAUUUAAGUGAAGAAAAGGAGAAGGGGGCAUGUGGCUGUUGAAAAGUCAAGCAGGCACACAACAAUUCAAGUGGCCUGUGUCUGUGAUUGCUUCUGCGGGUGGUAUGUGGCACAGUGAGAGAUUAAUGGGCGUUGGAUACAAACUGCUUCUCACCGUCCCAAUUAGACCUAUCAAUCAGACAUCCAGUU